CGCGUCGGUCGCAAGGGCCGGGAGGCGAGCGGCGCCAUGAACAUCCUGCCCAAGAAGCGGUGGCACGUCCGCAACAAGGACAAUGUGGCCCGCGUGCGGCGGGACGAGGCCCAGGCCCGGGAGGAGGACAAGGAGCGGGAGCGGCGGGCGCUGCUCGCGCAGCAGGAGGCCCGCACAGAGUUCCUGCGGCAGAGAGCCAGGCGGCAGAAGGGCCUGCCCGCACCUGACACGGCCGCGCCUGGGUCCGUGGACCUGUUCCGGGGGCUGCUGGAGGAGGGCAGAGCCGUGAGCAGAGGCAACAGGGAGCACGAGGAAGAGAAGCGGCAGGAGAAGGAGCGGCAGGAGAAGGCGCUGGGCAUCCUCACGUACCUGGGCCAGAGCGCGGCGGAGGCCCAGACCCAGCCCCCCUGGUACCAGCUCCCCCCAGAGCGCGGGGCCGCCCCGCCCGGCUCCAGUUCAGAUGAGAAGACCAAGAAGCGCCUGGACCCCUUGCGGGACAUGCAGAAGCAGCUGCACAGGAAGCGGCAGCAUGAGGACGACGGGGCAGGGACCCGAGGCCGGAAGGAGGCGGCGGCCCGUGAGAGACCACAGCCCAGAGAGUCUCCGUCCCUGGACCAGCUGCGAGCGGAACGUCUCCGGCGAGAGUCGGCAGAGAGGGCUCGGGCGGAGGCCCUGCUGGCCCGGGUACGAGGUGGGGCGGCCCCAGAGCAGGCGGAGGAGGAGGCGGCGGACGAAAGGCGCAGGCGCUACAACUCCCAGUUCCACCCCCAGCUGGCCCGGGGCCCCCGCCGGCAGGAGCCGCCCCCCGCCCGCUGACUGCCCUGACACCCGGCAGAGGGGCCGAGGACGGACGGGGCAGAGGCUGCGGCCACCCGGUCAUAGAAAACUAUUUAUUCAUAAAUAUUUUCCAAAAUGAAAA